AGGCUAUUGGAGCAGAGGUGAAACGCCAGACUCUCCGGGCUUCUUAUCACGCGCCAUUUGUCUAUUUUGAGGAGCGCUUUUCAUUGGUAAGGUAGUGCUGAAAAGAAUUUACAGACUGGGUUACACUAUAAGGAGAUUCAUCUAUUUCAGUAUUUUCGAGACACCUUCUUAAAAUUUGCUCACUCAUAGGAGCGGUGCACGUGAACAAGGAAUAUUCAUUUUACGGAAUGUGAAAGUUAGACCCCAGUCUCUUAAAUGACUUACUCAUUUCCAUUUGGAGCAACUAACGGUCGCAUCCCAGAAAGACUUUUUUGAAAAGAAGAAUCAGAAAAGAUGGCGAGCGAAUUGAAGCCAAGGCUUUGUUUGAUGACCAAAGGAGAGAAUGGGUACGGCUUUCAUUUGCAUGGUGAAAAGGGAAAAAGCGGGCAAUACAUUCGUAAAGUGGAACUCGGGUCCCCUGCGGAGGCGUCAGGGCUGCGCGCAGGGGACCGUGUUGUUGAGGUGAAUGGUGAGAAUGUGGAGAGAGAGACGCACCACCAAGUGGUCCAAAGAAUCAAAGCUAUCGAACACGAGACCCGUCUGUUGGUUGUAGAUCGUGAAACGGAUGAGUACCUGCGUAGCCUUCGUCUUACCUGCACGGAGGAGAUGGCAAUCCGGGUCAGCCCUUCAUCCUCCUCUUCCUCACCUCCCCCUACACCUAACAAGAGAGAGAACGGCUCUCCAUCGCCGUCCGCGACAAAAUCGUCCGAGCUCUACCCCCGCCUCUGCCGCCUGGUCCGGGCAGAAAUGGGCUACGGCUUUAACUUACACAGCGAGAAAUCCCGACCGGGUCAGUACAUCCGCUCUCUGGACCCAGGAUCACCGGCAGACCAGGCUGGGCUCAGACCACAGGACAGACUCAUUGAGGUGAAUGGUGUGAAUAUUGAGGGAAUGAGACAUGCAGAAGUGGUGGCGUUCAUUAAGAGUGGAGGUGAUGAGACACGUUUGCUGGUGGUGGAUCCAGAAACUGAUGAACAUUUUAAGAAGCUGGGGAUCACACCAACCAGCAGGCAUGUCAAAGAUCCCGAGGCUCAGUCCAUAACGAAUGGAUCCACCAGUCAUGUUAAUGGGAGCUCCACCUCACAGUCAUCACACUCCGAUCACAGCAGCCAAGACACAGGCACACCAAUGUCAGAGGACGGCGGGAGCCGCCUUUUGGACCCGUUUGCAGAGAUUGGGCUGCGUCUGAGUUCCACUGCAGCAGAAGCGAAGGAGAAAGCACAUGCUAAACGCGCCAAGAAGAGAGCGCCUCAGAUGGACUGGAAUAAGAAACACGAGCUCUUCAGCAACUUCUAAACAAACAAUCAAACAAACAAACAAAUAAACAUCUCAUGCACCCUCAUCCCC